AUGGGUACUGUUGAAAAGCGCACAGUUGAAACCUGUGCGGGAUUACCAGGUGCUCAUCCUAUGCAUACUCACAAUCAGCCGUCUGUAGGACGAUCCGCGUCCAUGAGAGCGUAUUACGGUGGUCGUGUUCAUGAAGACCACCCAGCAGCUCACAGUGCUGCCAAAUCCUCCGCUAAAGCUCCUGUUUCAAUGACUACCAACACCGCCGUCAUCGAAUCUCCUACGGACCCUGCUGUGAAAUCGGGAGCUCUCAAUGUAAACGGCUUAGAUGGCCCUCAGAGAACUUCAGCUGCCUCCCGAGUCGCGUAUACUGCCAACUCGCGGGCUCCUAUGCCUACUGGAAGAAAAGAAAUCCCUACCUACAAUUUCAACGCUAAUCAUGCCGCUAUGAAUGCUCAGGCUCGUGCACGAACCUCACAUAAUGACUACCAGUCCCAACGACCUCCCUCCGACUCGAUGCCACUGCAUCCUGAGUGUGCUUCUGCUGCCGCUCGCUCCAUAGCUAUUCAUCACCAAAUUGCCACGGCUCCAGCACCUUCACACCGCGUGGAAACACACAAGUAUCCGGUUCACUCCGCUGCCAUGGCGGCAAAGUCUGUUACACGCAACGAUGAAUUGGAUUCCGGAAAGCAACGAGUUCAUAAAAAGGCUACGGUGGCACAGGACAUGCAUGCUCAGAAUGCAGCUCAAAUGGCGAAGAACACGUCGAAGACCCGUGCAGAGGUUCAGCAAUCGGGCGACGGCGACACAUACAUGGGUACUGAGGUUUCAAAGCCCAUAAGCAGCAUCGCCGCCGCUUCCUAUGCAGCUGCAAAGAAGAGAACAAACCAGGAAAUCAGCACGGGCCAGGAUCUGGAAAGACAGGAGAUUGACGAAAAGGCUCGGUACCAACUGCGCAAUCUCGGCAUGCCCGACACCAUUACACACUAUCGCCAGCUGCAUGACGGUGCUCAAGAGAGCUUCGACAGCGUUCCUGAGCGUGAAGGAGGCUACGAUGGCCGUACGCAAAUGAACGUGACCGCUGCCGCUGCUGCCGUCAAAGGUCGGAAGCCAGGCUCCUAUGUGCCAAUGACGAAUGUGGGACAAGAGCAAGACGUUUACGCUGCCGAGCGUGUUGCCAACAGUUACAAUUUACCUGCUGCCUCUAAAGCUUUGAAAGAAUACGAACUGAGUCCGGAGAGUUUUGCUCGUCCUCCCGAAGGUUUCGACACACAGGACCCCGAGCAAAGUGCAAUUGCGCGUGUUCGUGAUAUGAAGCUUGAUGUGCCUCGCAUCAGAACCAGGGUGCAGUCUGAGAUCGGCAACCGUGAUGGUCGCAGUGCAGCGGCGGCAGCGCAUGCUGGUCAAUAUGAAGCUAGCACCCAAAGAGCCGCAGCUUAUGUUCCUCCUGUAAGCACAUUGCGCCGUAAUCGCUCCACGUACGGAAACGCAGCUGCUGCAAACGCGUAUGCCUACAGUGGAGUGCCCGCUGUUGUCGAACCUUCCGCUAUGGCUGGGCAAGGCGCCAAUGCCGCAUUGUCACAUCCUCGUCGUACAGUUACGUUUAUCGGUGACGAGGGUGAAGUUGCCAGACGUGUUCAGCGCGAUAUGUCUACAUUCUCCUCGAACAUGCGAACGCUGCCUCAGCGAUCAUCAAUGGACGCUACGCAGGUGGCCGUUGCUGCCAAUCGCAAUCACCGCGCGUCGAUGGCCAAUAUUGAUGCUCGUAUAGUAGCCGAUUCUGGACCAUUAGCUAUGCAAACAGAUCCGGAAGAGUUGCGCAGGCUGGAAGAGCGUCUGGCUGCUGCGCGGGUUGACGACAACGAAAUGCUCAUUAACAUCGGAGGCGGUAGCACAAUCAGCCCAGAGGAACUCGAGAUUAUCGCCCGCCGACAUGUGGAUCCUAUGGUGGACGAACUGAGUGAGCGUGCUGCAGCCGAUCGCCUUGCUAAGGAACAACAAAUCGAAGCGAAACGUGCUAAGAAGGAGGCAAAAGAAAUCGAGAAGGCUCGUAAGAAGGGAGGAAAAGCCAAUUUAUUGCCGAAAGCACACGCUCGCGAUAAGGAAGACUUGGCUGAACAGCCUGCGGCAUUACCACUUUCAGUUCCCGCGAUUGCUGAGCAUGUACAGCCGCAGUCUCAAGAGAGUCGCUCCAUCUCGUCCUUUGGAAACGCACCUGUGGGUGUGGGUGGAGUGCCUCACGAACCUUACAAUAUGCCUGCUACUGAUCAGGAUACUAUGAACCAUGAGCGUUUCGUAGACCAGAAUGUUGCGCAUACGGUGGAGCUCCAAGCUCCCACGCAUCCUCAUCCCGAACCUUUGCGGGCGCAUGCUUCAGGUAUCAAUCUGGACGUUUUACAGCGUGUUGAGGAAGGUGAUACGGGACAUGUCCAAACAACAGAAAUUACAGCCGACGGUGGUGUUUCUGCGAGGCCUGUAGAUGAUGAUUAUGGUAGAACUAAUGAUGAACAAACUGAUGUCGCUGGAGCGGCCUCUUUCUCUCCGAACAACGAACCUCCGGCCAUAAUCCAAGAAAGCAAGCCACGCGUGCAAGUCGAUGACAUCGUGGACGAAGGCUUCAGCACCGGUGCUGCUGCUGCUCACAACCACGACGAUGCUUUAGGGGCAAGUCGUGAACCUGCGCACACAGAUGCCACUGCUACGACUGCGGAUGGAGACAAUCUCGACUACCACGUUUCGCAAUCAACUCAUAUCGAUGACGGAUACGGCACCGCUAGUACUACAGAAUCAAACACGUACGACGGAGUUCAAAGACCGGCGCCUGUUGAAGCAUCAAAGGCUGCAAACGCCGCUCAAAACCCUGCAAAUGUUGGGACCACGGCAGCAGCCGCUGCUAAUACUGCAGCUGCUGAAGCCCCAGUUUCAGCAAACGCCGACGAAUUCACCAAUCCGCAACCUGCCGGGAUGAACGUCGGCGGCAGUUCUGUUGGGCUUGCCGGUGCAGCGGUCCCGAUGCAACACGCAAACCCAGAAGACGUUUUGGGAAAAGAGAAGACAAAGUCACCUAUCCAGUGGAUCAAGACCAAGCUUCGGACCCGUCGUAACAAGAAGGCCUCCAAGCGCGCCUUGGAAGGGGGUGUAGCUCACGACGACUUGAACGCUCCAGGAAACGUCGCCAUGGAAUCCGAUGCCUCGGCGUUACCGCUUCACCCUGCAAUCGCUCCCACAACAACCUCUCCUGAAAGAGCGAUUGAAAGAGAGUCGUCAGAGCACGUUGCGCCCGAUGUUGCUGUGAAGGAGGAAACGCGUUCUCCUCCUCCUGUCUUUGACGAAACAACAACAGCAACCAAACCGGCGGCUGCGGCUGCAGUCUCAGAGUCUACAGGGCUCGACGAGGGUGCUCCUUCCCAUGCCACACUGACACAAACGGCUACGAUCACGAGCGACACAGAUGGAGUGGAGCAGGUCGUUGACCGAGGAACGCACGACGUCGAUGCCCUCGUCAUUGGUCGCAGUGGCACUCAGUUGCAGGGGAAAUCUACUGCUACAGCUGCUACCAGCGGUGCCGUCACCAAGCAAGGCCGUUCGCAAGUCGACGAGCCGCAACCUUCUGUGAUUGAUCACUUUCCUCGUGCAACCUCAUCGAUGACCAACAAGGGGGCCUUCCAAGAGGACCUGUAA